GUUUCUCCAUGUUCUAAACAAGAUUUUUAAGGUCCAGAACUUGGAGAGAUAGAUUCAUAAAUCUGAUCAGCCAUAUAUUUAACAGAAUCAGUAUUGAUAUGAUUAUCCUAUAGUAUUUAAGCAAAUUGUUUGAUUUGACCCUGAAGACCAAGUAUCUAUUGUUUUAAAGCUAGUAUUUAAGCUGCAUGUGGAUCCUUAAAUAACACUAAUAAUUACUCUGUUUUGAGUAGGCUUAUUUUUAAUUUCUCUAGCUCUACUUGCAUAUUUCAAAGUGUUAAUUGUUUCUUCGUAAUUACUAGCCGAGGGUGAAAUACAGGCAAUCAUAUAGGUGUUCGAGUUACCUCCCAAGGAAUCUUAUAGAA